CGGGCGGCGGCGACGGCGGGGGGAGGCGGGCGCGGAGGAGGAGGGGACGGAGGAGAAGGAGGCAGUGGCGGCGGAGAAGGCGGCGGCGGCCCGGCGGGCGGCUUGGUGUGGAAUGCAAUUAUGGCUGGCACGGCGGAGGCGAGCGGGGACCGGAGCCGGUUGACUGGACUGGCCACGCCCACGAUUCCCUGAAUGCUGAGCGCAGAGGAAGCAGAGGAGAGUGUUUCCCAUUAGCUCCUCCUCCCUCCCCCAUCCCUUUAGUUUGGGUUUGUUUCUAUUUAUUUUGUGGCUGGGUUUGGGCAUGGCCUUGACUGGAUGUGAGGCUGCUGCAAUGUGGCUCCUUUGGCUCAAGCACCACUUGUCCAUCCACAUUUGGACCUUGCUGCUCUUGGGGAGCACCUGGCUACCGCUGGCGGAAGGCAACCCCAAAUCUCCCUUUAGGACUUUCCCGGUUACAGACUGGAGCUUGACACACUUGGUGGUCCAUAACAAAACUGGGGAGGUCUACGUGGGGGCUGUCAAUCGGAUCUACAAGCUCUCCAAUAACCUCACGCUGCUGCGGACCCACGUGACGGGGCCCGUGGAGGACAAUGAGAAGUGUUACCCUCCGCCCAGCGUCCAGUCCUGCCCGCACGGGCUGGUCACGACCAACAACGUGAACAAACUGCUGCUGGUGGACUACUCGGGGAAUCGGCUGAUUGCCUGCGGCAGUGCCUCCCAGGGGAUUUGCCAGUUCCUGCGGCUGGAUGACCUCUUCAAGUUGGGUGAGCCCCACCACCGCAAGGAGCACUACCUCUCCAGUGUCAACGAGUCGGGCACCAUGUCCGGUGUCAUCAUCGAGGUGCUGAACGGGCAGAACAAGCUCUUCAUCGGGACGCCCAUUGAUGGGAAGUCGGAGUAUUUCCCCACUCUCUCCAGCCGCAAGCUGAUGGCCAACGAGGAGAACGCGGAGAUGUUUGGCUUUGUCUACCAGGAUGAGUUUGUCUCCUCGCAGCUCAAAAUCCCCUCGGAUACACUCUCCAAGUUCCCCACCUUUGACAUCUACUACAUCUAUAGCUUCAGCAGUGAGCAGUUUGUUUACUACCUGACCCUGCAGCUGGACACCCAGCUGACCUCUCCCGACUCCACUGGGGAGCAGUUUUUCACCUCCAAGAUCGUCCGCCUCUGUGUGGAUGACCCCAAGUUCUACUCCUAUGUGGAAUUCCCCAUUGGCUGCGUGCAGGAUGGCAUCGAGUACCGGCUGAUCCAGGACGCCUACCUGACCAAGCCUGGCAAGGCUUUGGCCAAGUACCUGGGCAUCUCAGAGCAGGAGGAUAUCCUCUUCACCAUCUUCUCCCAGGGCCAGAAAAAUAGGGUUAAGCCUCCCAAGGAGUCUGUGCUCUGUCUCUUCACGUUGAAGAAGAUCAAGGAUAAGAUCAAGGAGCGUAUCCAGUCGUGCUACAGAGGGGAAGGGAAACUGUCACUGCCCUGGCUCUUGAAUAAGGAGCUGGGCUGCAUCAACUCGCCACUGCAGAUCGACGACAACUUCUGUGGCCAGGAUUUUAACCAGCCCCUGGGAGGGACUGUCACCAUCGAGGGGACCCCUCUGUUUGUGGAUAAGGAGGAUGGCAUGACCUCGGUGGCUGCCUAUGACUACAGAGGACAAACUGUUGUCUUUGCAGGCACGCGGAGCGGGAAGAUCAAAAAGAUCCUGGUGGACUUGCCAGCCGAGAGGAAGCACCAAGCUCUGCAGUAUGAGAAUGUUGUGGCCCACGAAGGCAGCUCCAUCCUGCGAGACCUGGUGCUGAGCCCUGACCGCCAGCACAUCUAUGCCAUGACUGAGAAACAGGUGACGCGUGUGCCCGUGGAGAGCUGUGAGCAGUACGAGAGCUGUGAGCUGUGCCUGGGCUCCCGGGACCCCCACUGCGGCUGGUGUGUCCUCCACAACAUCUGCUCCCGCAAGGACCGGUGCGAGCGGGCGGACGAGCCGCAGCGCUUCGCCUCGGAGCUGCAGCAGUGCGUGCAGCUCACCGUGCAGCCCAGGAACAUCUCGGUCACCAUGUCCGAGGUCCCGCUGGUCCUGCAGGCCUGGAAUGUCCCAGACCUGUCAGCAGGAGUCAACUGCUCCUUUGAAGACUUCACCGAGUCAGAGAGCCGCAUUGAGGAUGGGAAGAUCUACUGCAGCUCUCCCUCUGCCAAGGAUGUCAUCCCCAUCACCAGGGGCCGCGGGGACAAGCGAGUGGUGAAGCUGUACCUGAAAUCCAAGGAGACGGGGAAGAAAUUUGCCUCCGUGGAUUUUGUUUUCUACAACUGCAGCGUCCAUCAGUCCUGCCUGUCCUGCGUGAACGGCUCCUUCCCCUGCCACUGGUGCAAGUACCGCCACAUCUGCACCCACAACGCUGCUGACUGCUCCUUCCUGGAGGGCCGUGUCAAGCUCUCUGAGGACUGCCCUCAGAUCCUGCCUUCCACCCAGAUCUACAUCCCCGUGGGUGUGGUGAAGCCCAUCACCCUGACGGCCAAGAACCUGCCCCAGCCGCAGUCGGGGCAGCGCAACUACGAGUGCAUCUUCCACAUCCCCGGCAGCACCACGCGCGUCACCGCCCUGCGCUUCAACAGCACCAGCAUCCAGUGCCAGAACACCUCGUAUUUCUACGAAGGAAAUGACAUCAGUGACCUGCCCGUCAACUUGUCUGUGGUCUGGAAUGGGAACUUUGUCAUUGACAACCCCCAGAACAUCCAGGCCCACCUGUACAAGUGCUCGGCGCUGCGGGAGAGCUGCGGGCUGUGCCUCAAGGCCGACCCGCGCUUCGAGUGCGGCUGGUGCGUGUCGGAGCGGCGCUGCUCGCUGCGCCAGCACUGCCUGGCCUACGAGAGCAGCUGGAUGCACGCCAGCAGCGGCAGCAGCCGCUGCACCGACCCCAAGAUCACCAAGCUGUUCCCUGAGACUGGCCCCAGACAAGGAGGGACCCGUCUGACCAUCACUGGCGAGAACCUGGGCCUGAAGUUUGAGGAUGUUCGCUGGGGUGUCCGAGUGGGCAAAGUGCCGUGCAUCCCCAUCGAGAGCGAGUACAUCAGCGCCGAGCAGAUUGUGUGUGAAAUCGGAGAUGCCAGCCAGAGCAAGGUGCAUGAGGCAAGGGUAGAAGUGUGCAUCCGUGACUGCACGCCCAGCUACCGGGCCAUAUCCCCCAAGACCUUCACCUUUGUGAUGCCCACUUUCUCCCGUGUUGUCCCAGCCCGGGGCCCUCUCUCUGGUGGCACCUGGAUUGCCAUUGAAGGCACCCACCUCAACGCUGGCAGCAACGUCUCCGUGACCAUUGGGGGACGGCCCUGUGCCUUUUCAUGGAGAAGCGCCCGUGAGAUUCGGUGCAGGACCCCCCCAGGGCACACCCCCGGCGGCUCCCCCAUCCUCAUCAACAUCAACCGGGCAGAGCUGAGCAACCCAGAGGUGAAGUACAACUACACAGAGGACCCCACCAUCCAGAAGAUUGAUCCUGAAUGGAGCAUCAACAGUGGUGGGACGUUGCUGACUGUGACUGGCACCAACCUGGCCACCAUCAAAGAGCCCAGGAUCCGGGCCAAGUACUGCAGCUCUGAAAGGGAGAAUAACUGCACUGUCUACAAUGACACCACCAUGGUGUGCUACGCUCCCUCCAUUGACAACCCUGUGCGGAGCCCUCCGGAGCUCGGCGACCGUCCGGAUGAGAUCGGCUUUGUCAUGGAUAACGUCCAGGCCCUGCUGAUCAUCAACACCACCAAUUUCGUCUACUACCCAGACCCUGUCUUUGAGCCACUCAGCCCCACAGGGAUGCUGGAGCUGAAGCCCAGCUCUCCCCUCAUCCUCAAGGGCAGGAACCUGCUCCCACCAGCUGCUGGUAACUCCCGCCUCAACUACACGGUGCUGAUCGGAGACACUCCCUGCACCCUCACGGUCUCUGAGACACAGCUCCUCUGCGAGUCCCCCAACCUCACUGGCCAACACAAAGUCACAAUCAAGGCUGGAGGGUUUGAGUUCUCGCCAGGGACGCUGCAGAUCUACUCGGACAGCCUGCUCACCCUGCCCGCCAUCAUCGGCAUCGGCGGCGGUGGCGGCCUGCUCCUCCUCAUCAUCAUCAUCGUCCUCAUCGCCUACAAGCGCAAGUCCCGGGAUGCUGACCGCACCCUGAAACGUCUCCAGCUGCAGAUGGACAACCUGGAGUCCCGGGUGGCCCUGGAGUGCAAAGAGGCCUUUGCUGAGCUGCAGACAGACAUCAACGAGCUGACCAACGACCUGGAUGGGGCUGGCAUCCCCUUUCUGGAUUACCGCACCUACGCCAUGCGGGUUCUCUUCCCGGGGAUAGAGGACCACCCUGUGCUGAAGGAGAUGGAGGUCCAGGCUAAUGUGGAGAAGUCCUUGACCCUCUUUGGUCAGCUCCUGAACAAGAAGCACUUCUUGCUGACCUUCAUCCGUACUUUGGAGGCCCAGCGGAGCUUCUCCAUGCGGGACCGCGGCAACGUGGCCUCGCUCAUCAUGACGGCGCUGCAGGGCGAGAUGGAGUAUGCCACAGGGGUGCUGAAACAGCUCCUGUCCGACCUUAUUGAGAAGAACUUGGAGAGCAAGAACCACCCCAAGCUGCUUUUGCGGAGAACGGAGUCAGUGGCAGAGAAGAUGCUGACAAAUUGGUUCACCUUUCUGCUGUACAAGUUUCUGAAGGAAUGUGCUGGGGAACCACUCUUCAUGCUCUACUGUGCCAUCAAGCAGCAGAUGGAGAAGGGACCCAUUGAUGCCAUCACAGGAGAGGCUCGCUACUCCCUCAGUGAGGACAAGCUCAUCCGGCAGCAGAUUGACUACAAAAUGCUGACCCUCAACUGUGUGAACCCUGAGAAUGAGAAUGCCCCAGAGAUCCCUGUCAAGGUGCUGAACUGUGACACCAUCACUCAGGUGAAGGAGAAGCUGCUGGAUGCUGUCUACAAGGGCGUGCCCUAUUCCCAGCGACCCAAAGCUGGAGACAUGGACCUGGAGUGGCGGCAGGGCAGGAUGGCCCGCAUCAUACUGCAGGAUGAAGAUGUCACCACAAAGAUUGACAAUGACUGGAAGAGGCUGAACACCCUGGCCCACUACCAGGUGACCGAUGGCUCCUCAGUAGCCCUGGUGCCCAAGCAGAACUCAGCAUACAACAUCUCCAACUCCUCCACCUUCACCAAAUCCCUCAGCAGAUAUGAGAGCAUGCUGAGGACAGCCAGCAGCCCCGACAGCCUGCGCUCGCGGACCCCCAUGAUCACCCCCGACCUGGAGAGCGGCACCAAGCUCUGGCACCUGGUGAAAAACCACGACCACAUGGACCAGCGGGAGGGCGACCGCGGCAGCAAGAUGGUCUCCGAGAUCUACCUGACCCGUCUGUUGGCCACCAAGGGCACCCUGCAGAAAUUUGUGGAUGACCUGUUUGAGACCAUCUUUAGCACAGCUCACCGUGGGAGUGCACUGCCCCUUGCCAUCAAAUACAUGUUUGAUUUCCUGGAUGAACAAGCUGAUAAGCAUCAGAUCAAUGAUUAUGAUGUCAGGCACACCUGGAAGAGUAACUGUCUACCUCUACGUUUUUGGGUGAAUGUGAUUAAGAACCCCCAGUUUGUGUUCGACAUUCACAAGAACAGUAUUACUGAUGCCUGCCUAUCUGUGGUGGCUCAGACAUUCAUGGACUCCUGCUCAACUUCUGAGCACAAGCUAGGAAAGGACUCUCCCUCCAACAAACUACUGUAUGCCAAGGACAUCCCCAACUACAAGAGCUGGGUAGAAAGAUAUUAUGCAGAUAUAGCUAAAAUGCCAGCGAUCAGCGACCAGGACAUGAGCGCGUACCUGGCGGAGCAGUCACGGUUACACCUCAGCCAGUUCAACAGCAUGAGUGCCCUGCACGAGAUCUAUUCCUACAUCACCAAGUACAAGGAUGAGAUUUUAGCUGCGUUGGAGAAGGAUGAGCAGGCCCGGAGGCAGCGACUGCGGAGUAAGCUGGAGCAGGCGAUCGACACAAUGGCCUUAAGCAGCUGAGAAGGCGGCGGCGGCGCCAGCGUCCGGCAGCGGGCGGCAGGACGGACGGACAGACAGAUGGACGGAUGGACAGAGGGAGGGAGGGAGGAAGGACCGGCCAGCAGCAGCCGCGGGCACAAGACUUUGGGGCAGGGACCGGCCGGGCCCGCGGGAGCCGCCGCGCCUCCGCACGCUCCCCACGGACACACAGAGAAACCUCGCGCUUGGCGGAACAAACCACGAACCCCGAGGGCAGCAGCAGCGUCCAUGGAACUCCCUGACCCACAGACAGAGCCCCAGCCCCAGCGGGAGGCAGCAGGGACCUUGCAGAGAGGCCUUGCGGGCGGAGGAGAAGGGGCUGGCCGGCCCCACGGACCUGCUGGGCGCCCCUUGCCUGGGCAGAGCCCCUGAGCCCGCACGGAAGGAGGGUCGGGACCGUGGGGCUUCCUAGGAAGGCGUCUGGAUGUUGUUGUUACUUUGGUGAAGGGAGGGUGGGUGGGCUCCUAUUUUUACUGUACUUGACUUGCUCUCCCUUCCUUCCCCCCAGCUGUCCACCCCCUCUCCUCCUCCUCCUCUCUCUUUUUCUGUCUCUGCCCCCUUCUCUCUCUCUCUCUGGCCUUCUGCCACUAGUGUUAACUGCUAUAUUUGCACAAUUUACACGAGACAAAAUUUUUAAUUUAAAGGGAAAAAAAAAUUAUAACAAAAAAUGGGAGGGGAAAAAAUAUUCUGAAUUUUUUGCAACAAACUAACAAAAACGAUUUUAAGAGAUAAGCUAAAGGACUGAUGCUGGGGAGAUUUAGGGUUGGGGCUUUAGGGGUGGGCAGGAAAGGGAGCUUUGAUAUUUCUAAAAUAUGUCCUGUGCCAUGUUUUAUUUGAAUGUUGUUUAGUGCAAAAAAAAAAAAGAACUGAAGAAAAAAAAGUUGGGAGUUUUGUUAGCUGGAUAGAUGCUGUUAUUUUAAUGCUGCUGAGUGGUUCCGGAGGUCAAAAUCAGAGAGGUAGGGAGAUCCCAAGGCUGGUUUUUCUUUUUCUGGGUGAUUGCUGAGGGAUGGUUGGUGUUUUGUUGAGCUUGUCCUUGUUUUCCCAGUUCGGUGGCCGUGGGGUGGUCUGGGCAGUGCUGCCUGCUCCUGCCUGUCUUGGGACGAUGUGGGGUGGAGAAUGGCUGUGGGGCCUUUGGGGCUGUCAGGAGGGUUGAUGCAGAGCCAGCCUGGCUUUUUGUGUCAGAUUCUUUGGCACUGGAGCCAUCUUAACAAAGCCCCUUUACGUUUAUUUUUGCCCAUCACCUUUUUGUGCUGAUGCAGGGGAAGAGACCAGAUCCCCAGUGAAAGGAGAGGCAGCUCCUCUGCUCUCCUGACUGGGAUCCCCCUCCCAGCCCAUGCAGGGACUGGGAUUCUGGCUGCCAUGGGGCUGUCACCUGCUCUUCCACCUGGGGAGCCCAAACAUGUGCAGGACCUUCCACCCAAGACUGACCUUUCUUUCUCUGUCUAUUCCUUCUUUCUCCCCCUUUCUCUCCUUGCUGUCACCCAUCUCCCCUCCGCUGCCUCUGCCCUGACGGAGCUUCGCUGGAGACCUGAGGUCUCUCCCUCAGCUUCCCCCUUGGAAAUGUCAGUUCCUUGUGGGUUUGUGCUUUCCAGAGAUGAAAAGGUGCUGAAUGCUGCCCUGAAUGGCAGCAGGUGACCAAAAACUUCCAAAAAAAAAGAGCAAAACCCUUUCCUUUUCUGUACUGAGAGCUCCUGUCACUGCCCAGGCCACAGCACAUGGGGCCACACUCUGCCAGGAGCGGAUGGCUGUCGAAAUCCAAGUGGAGAGAAGCCCAGCUGAUUUCUGUCCAUUCCCUUAAAUUGCAAUUUAAGGGGGGGAGAGGGAGAAAUAAUGAAGUUUUUAAUUAAAAAAAAAUAAUAAAAGUGUGUAUAUAUAUAUAUGUGGUUACAAUCUAAUUCUCAUGCCCCAGUGGGGUGCUGUAUAGUUAACUGAAGGAGAAUUGAACCAAUAUAAAAAUGAGAUGAAUUUACACAGCCAGUUAAAACAAAACAAACACCCACUGCAAAAAAAAAAAAAAUUAAAAAAGGAUACCAAAUGGUGUGGAAGGAACUUCCAAGCCUUUCUCACCAUGCAGAACAACCGUUUGAAGCCUGCACAUCACUCAUUAUGUUGUAAUUUUGUUUGGUUUUGUUUUGUUUUAAUAAGGAGGGAAAGGAGAGAAGAUGCUGAUUAAAAAAAAAGAAAAGAAAAAAAAAAAAGACGACAAAAGAAUCCAACCACAACAGCAAAACUGUUUGAAAAAGAAUUUAUAAUUGUUUUCCAAACCUACGAACCCUGAGCUGUCGCUGGAUUUCUGAGAGCUGUGGGCUGUUGCAUGACUGUGCUAGAUUUUAGUCUGAGUUGAUCUUUUUAAGAAACAGAAGAAAAAAAUCCAUAAAACAAAGAAACUGCGAGUAUUGAAUAUUAGAGGUUUGUUUAGACCUGUUACCUAUUUUUUUUAAUUUGAAAUUAUUUUGCCACUUUCUUGUCCAAAAAAAAAAAAAAAAAAAGAAA